UGAAGUGGGAGUGAAGCUUACCGCUGAGACGAUAUCUCGACAAUCAAGCCGUCUGCCAGCCAUUUUGAUAGAACUUCACACUACGUAUCGAAGUGGUGUGGUUUCUUUUUUCUCCACCUCCCACUGCCCCAAACCGCAAACCUGUUGAGUAGUCUAACAACCACUUUCAGUCCGACUUUAAUGACGGUACGAGCUACUGCUACUAGUACUACUACUGGUCCAGAGUGGAGUCAGUUUUUGAGCCCAGGGGUAUGUAGCUAUUUGCAUUGACUUCAGUAUGAUACUGCUGUAUGAAUAAGACUUGGGUGUCUGAUACGUUUAUUUUAUUGUAGCUUAGCUAGUCUAUUAAAACGCAAACUUUGUAUAUGUGCGUUUCUUUGACAUCAAACGCUGUAGACUUUGCUACGACACGUGGUACGUAACGUUAAUAACUAGUGCUAUUAGCUAGCUAGCCAAGUUUACGUUAUGUCAGUACUAGCGCUGGGAAAAACUUGGUAUCUGUUUUGGGGGGAAGGACGGGUCGGUUUAGGGAGCAGAAUGUGUGAGAACUACCAACAGAGAAGAGGUUGGAUUGUUCUUUAAAAAGGAAAACUUGUGAAAAGAUUUCAUUUCCCGUUGAGUGUCGUUAAAGCUACCAACGCUAUAGCUAGACUACAGUAUUUCGCGAAAAGAAUGCGUCCUUAAUGUUAUUUGCGCCACCUGGCUGGAACUCCACUGCCAUGUGAAUGUCUGUUUCCUCUACUGUACAAUGUACAUGGUAGGCUUGCUUGAAGAUGAUCAAGGUGUAGCCUACUAGCUCCUGAACACACUAAGUCUGUGCCCGAAACUUUUGCUGCUACCUUACUUAAGUCAGUGCAGUGUGUGAGUCUUGAUGCUGUCUGAACUAAUCUUUAAUUUUAUUUAUUUAAAGCACAGUCUUUCAGUCCCCAUUUCUUUGAAAAUUCUUAGUAGCAGUAGCAGGUAGUAACAUCAUGAACAUGCAGCCUGAAGGAACCAAAAGUGGAGUGUGUGGUCAGAGCCUACUGUUUCAGUCUCUGAAGAUAUAUUUGAACAAGAAGAAUAGAUUGCAGCCCAUAAUCGGUCUGAGCUGUGUGACAGAGUGUGUGAAAGCAGGUGUCAGGGAGGCCCUGUACCUGUGUGAGGUGUGUGUGUGUCGGCUCACUAAAGAUGACAUGAAAAAUCACAUCAUGGGCAGUCUUCACAGAUAUAACUACAUUAGGGCAUAUCACCCACGUUUAGUAUCUGAGUGGAAAAUGAGUGGUGACCUGGCCAAGCUGGCGAGGCCUCUCAUGGAGGUUGCUGAGAUGGUGGAAGGAAGAGAGGGCACCGGAGAUGUGAAGGUGAUACAGUUGAAUGCAGCGACGUACGAAGAGAUGGCGUCCCACAGUGAGAGCCAUGCUCUCACCGUUCUGCAAGCCUUCAAUUGUGGUCAUGGCCAGACAGAGCUCGAGAGCCAAAUGCACGCUCUCACAGAGUAUUCCACCAUCCAAUCUCAGAGGGUCGUAAUUCCGCCAAAGAAGGAAAUGAGUCCUCCUGAAGUCCAGUCGCAGAAGACAACUGUCCAUUUUGACAGUCGUUCCAUUGUAAUGAACAUCUCUGUCAAGUCAGAACCUGACUUGCUGGCUGCCACAGUUCAAUCAGAGAUCAUCAAAGAUGAUCUCCACACUUUUACAGGCAUCAAGCCGUUGAUUGGUCUGAAAUGUGUUGUGGAGUGCAGAAGUGAGAAGGAAGGCCCUCCUCACUGUUUCCUGUGUCAGUGCUGUGAUGUGAAGGCCACUAAUGAUGACAUAAUAGAUCACCUGACCAACCCUUCACACCACUUCAACUACAUGAUCAAAUAUCACGCAGAAUAUUUGGAAGGAAUGAAGGCAGGGCCAAAUGGCCUCAAUCAAUAUCUCCAAUGUGCUGCCAGAAAACUGGAGAAAGAGGAAGGGAGGGACAAAGUACAGGUGAUGAGAUUACCAUCCUCCCUGGGUAGCCAGAUGGCUGUGAACAGUUACCAGUGGUGCGUAGACAUGUUGAAGUACGGAUAUUAUGAGGUGACACAGUCAGACAUCAAGACAGCAGAAAGGAGAGAAAUACCUAAAACGGGUCACCAUGCAACAAAGGGCACAGAGCAAAGCUUGUCACUGAAGCGCCAUGCAUCCGGGUCACAGCGUGAUUGUGGUAAGGUCACAGGAGUUGAGGAGGUGGGGCCAAAGACCAUUCGGGUGAAGUCAAAACGCCGUAAGCAAGUGUUUAAGGUAAGCCUGUCUCUGAUGGAUGGCCCACUUGUGCUGGAGAGGACAUCCUUCAGUCGGGACAACUCCCUGGCAACACUCUCGCCGGACACCUUUGUUGGACCAAUCACCUUCCCCUCCGCCCAAACCAAGACCUUCACCUCAGACAUGGAUUCUGAUCCAACACUGCCCUCUAGUGGCCAACCUGGACCUUCAGACCUGCACCCAGCUUCACUGGGCCACCCCCACUUCUAUACUAGAGACCAGGACACGAGAAAGCAUAGAAUGGCCACUACCAAUCAAUAUGACGGUUACUACGAAAACUCUUGUGAGACUGUGAGCACUGACACUGAUCGUUACACUUUCUAUGAAGACGAGGUGGAGAGGUCUGUCGGCACCCCGUUCCUGGAUGAGAGGCAGGAGAACAACAUGUCUGCCUGGGUGCAGGAAGUAGGAAAGGCCUACGGCAGACGGUGUAACAUGACAGAGGAGCCAAAUGACAGUCAGUUGGAUUCGGGGGUUGGGUUGAUUGUGGAGGUGGUUAGUGGGCAAGGAGACGAGGGGAACACUGACUCUAUCCAGCAUCAUCCCUCCGACCAGUAUCACCCCUCCGACCAGUAUCACCCCUCCGACCAGUAUCACCCCUCCGACCAGUAUCACCCCUCUGACCAGUAUCACCUCUCCGACCAGUGUCACCCCUCCGACCAGUAUAACCCCUCGCACCAGUAUCACCCCUCCGACCAGUAUCACCCCUCCGACCAGUAUCACCCCUCCGACCAGUAUCACCCCUCCGACCAGUAUCACCCCUCCGACCAGUAUCACCCCUCCGACCAGUAUCACCCCUCUGACCAGUAUCACCCCUCUAGUGGGUACUACCACUCUACCCAGUAUUACCAGUGACAGCCUCCCCAGCAGGACCGCACAGCCCCAGGAAUACAUCCCAUCACAGGGCAUCACCAGCAUGAUCACAGGCCUUACUUUAGUACAGACCCAGGGGCUUGGAAACCCAGUCUGGGUAGUAGGGAUGCUCUCAGGAAUGUUUGUGAGUUCCUGCAAUCAACAGGUCCCUAUUACAUGUUCUUUUGUUGUGUUUUGACAUUAUGUUGUUAUUUAAUUUCUUUUGACUGUCUUCAUCAACAGAUGAUCAUCUUUAGUCUGCACAUGAUAUAAAGAGAAGAUGCAGAAUGAUGGAUGAACACCUUUUUUGAUGUUUACUGCUUUACUUUUUCUGAUGUAAAAAUAUAUUUUGCUUUACACAAAAGUAUAAUUGGGUCCUAAAAGUAUUUACGAAAACCAAAAUGUGUUUUGUAUUUGUUGGAGAUAUGUAAUGUCAAUUUGUUCGUUUAUCUGUUUACCUAUUUUAUCCAAACACAUCCUACCAUUAAUGUUAUUAAAUGGCUCGAUUUAUAUACAAAGUUACGGUUUUUCUAAGAUGAAUCUGGUUUGUUCUGAUCCAGACUUUUUGUUUUGAGAUUGGCGACUGCAUAUUUUGAACACAAAACGUAAUUCUUGUUUAUGCUGGGGUUUUUUUUCUUUUUUGCUUGAAAAACAGGGAGAAAGUAUUUGUACUUUUAAAAUUGACAAUCUUUUAAAAUACUUGUGUUAAGCUCCUUGAGACAAUCUUUAGGUUUGUUCAUUUGUUGAUGUAUUGAGCCUCUUUUCAGACCUCUGCAAAUAAUGAAGGCUUACAGCUGUCAGUUUGGGUUUCUGAAAAUGAGUUUCCAACGAAAAAAUAAAGCAUAUGAAUUCAGUACUAGGCUAAAUCUGUGUAUGUUGUCUGUGCCAAGUCACAGCUGGAACCAAGCUGAAUUCCACUUGUUAUAUCACAGUUUCCACUAGAAAGAAAUCCAAAUCUUUGCUAUAUCUGAUUGCCUCUUGUCUUUUUUGUGCAGAUAAAUGUUUCUCAUAGAAUA